CAACUAUUGACGCAUUCCGCUCUCAUUCAGCCCAAUCUACGACCUCCUAUCUGUCGAGCAUAUAUUAGCGGCAUAAAAUCGCAUGACUUAAAGAGCUACGCCCUGUCAUUACCUUUCUGGUAAUACUUCGCUACGACCUGUGUGCCGGGAAACCUCGCAAUAACAUCAUUUUACCUCGAAGCUUGGCGAAUACUAUAUCUGCUUAACCUCCGCCCUUCAAACACCCAAAGCGGCUGAGCCGCAAACCCACUGCCGACGUUCCUUUGGCGGGAAUAUGUGUUUGAUAUGAGAGUAUUCUAAACUUUUUCGAGAAGCUGUCAUCCUGUCUAUUUCAACGUGCGGUCGACCGCUGUCGCGGGUGUUUGCCAGCAUACCUCACAGACACCCUUUAUGGAGCUGCGGUAACAUUUUAGAGGGCCGGGGGGCCAGGCGCUUGAUCUCCAUCCAGUAUGGAAGGAGGUACUCGUCGCAGAGGGUGCAUUGGAAUUCCGAAUUUGCACAUGUCGAACCCUCGGGAGAAGAAGGAGGCAGAGAAGAAGCUGGCCGCGGCUACGAGCAGAGGAUACCGCGCACAUCUUCUCGAAAUAUUUCUACGCCGAGAAACAGUAUACCAACGCCACGAACGUUAGAGUCAGAAGCAUCAAUAAAUGCGUCGGAUCCUCAACACCGCGAAAUCAGGGAGGAAGAGGGAGAGGAGAUGGACCCAGGGGAAAAAGAGGAGGUUUCUACACACACACAUUCCAAACCGAGUAGGAUACAUAUUUUGGGCACUGGAAAAGAAGGGAAGUUUGUAGCCCAUUCACUGGCCAGUCUCGGAGGCCGGCCGCCCAUUUCGCUAUUGCUACAACGGCCAUCCCUUGUCAAUCAAUGGCACUCAGAAGGGCAGAUUUUGGAGCUGCUCGAGGCCAAGAAAUCCAUGGUACAAAUUGGAUUUGAUAUCGAAAACCCGAAUCUGACCCAAGCGGAAUAUACUCAAGGCCGGAUGCUAAGUACCAAGAACGUGCUUUUUGGACAGGACGGCUGGAACAUCGACCAACUCAUAGUCACCACCGAAGCACCAGUCACAGUCCGUUCCCUUCUGCCUAUAAAGGACCGACUCCACUCCACCUCUACGAUAUUGUUUUUGCAGAAUGGUAUGGGUGUGAUUGACGAGGUCAAUGAAAACGUGUUUCCAAACCCAGCCACGAGGCCACGCUAUAUUGAGGGGAUGACCUCGCAUAGCCUCCGAAACCACCCAGCCAGGACGUUCACAACAUUGCAUUCUGGCGAAGGAGAAAUAUUUCUAGCUGCCCAGAAAGGUGAUGAGACGUCAUCCGACGCUGUGGACAUGAUUGAUUCCACAAGGAGCCUUCUACGGUCACUCGCUCGAUCCCCCGCGCUGAAUGCAAAGGGAGUAUCGCCUGCUGAGCUAUUGGUACUCAAAUUGGAGCGGCUGGCUGUGGAAGCUGUGAUCGGGCCCUUGGCAGUCAUGUUCGAUUGCAAGAACGGCGACUUGCUAAGCAAUUACAUGGUCACCCUUCUUUUACGAGAGGUGCUAAAUGAGAUCUCAACGGUUGCCUCAGAAUUACCCGAACUGAAAGGCGAGACUGGACUAAGUUACCGAUUGCAUCCUAGGAAGAUCGAGAGAACCUUUGUCCAGGUUGCUACUAUGACCAGUUCCGAGAUCCAUGACAUGGUUCGGAGCGUAAGAUUGGGGAAGAAGAGUGAAGUAGGAUACUUCACAGGGUAUAUUCUCAAAAGAGCGGCAGAGCUUGGGAUUGAUUGUCCUAACAACACGUUGAUGGAACGAAUGGUAAAGGCAAAGACGGCCAUGAGAAGUCAGGAGGCAAACAGUUACAUCCCCUACAAGAAGGACAGAAGAUUCUGAUCCCUACAAGAACAUAAUCUCGCCAGAAAGAACGGUGGUGUAUAGUAUAUAUGUAUUUACGAGCUAGGUGUACGAUAGUGGCGUGUUUACAAGCGGCGUUGGUGAGCCUGCAUCUAUUGAUGAACGAGGCUUGGGUACGAUAUUCAAUAGAGAGAAUUUUGUAAAUAUAAU